AUAACCAUCCAUACGUCUCCAAAAUUAGGAUGAAAACAACCAAUCUUGCAAAGAUUUACAUCAGAAAUCUGACGCCUGUUCACAAUUUUCGUCGUCCAAUUUCACAUGUACCCUAACAUAAUUCAUGUGCGGGCCCAAUUAAAGGUGCACCCAAGGAUUCAUGAUUCAUAAUAAAAUAAAUCUGAACGAUAGAAACUCUAUUCCUAAAAGUUGGAAAGAAUCAUAAGGUAAGUUAAGAAGUCUAAUUGAGAUCAAAAAGCCAGCAAUACGGCAUCCCUGGAGCAUACGGCAUCCAUUCUGCAGCAGGUUGAUGGAAUUUUAUUUUUUUUUAUAACAAGUUGGCUGAAUAAUCAUGGCAAGCGAAAUUUUGUGUGUUUUUUAAUCUAAUUGAACUUCCACUAGUUAUAUGUUAGAGUAUCUGUUUGUCACUCACUACUUAUAAUUAGUAAGUGACGCUGACGGAUAGAUGAAUAUUAUUGUGAAAACUUACAAUCGGUGUUAGAAAAAUAAGCGUGUAGCAACAAUUCUUCCUAACAACCAAUAUUUUGCAGAACAGGUCACGCUGAGAGUGUUUUAUGAGGAAAUUUUUCUGUGACUUGAACAUUAUAUGCUCUGAAUGAUCCAUCAAUGAAAAAGUCAAUGGAAGGACCGAUUGUUUAAACAAAAAUAGAUAUCUUUCUGUGGUAAAAUUUACUACGGCUGAAUUCACUGAAGAAAUACCUGGCAAAUUGGGCUAUGACUUCAGCUCCUGAAUAUGACAGCAGGCAUCCGACUACUGAAAUGGCACCACGUACACAGCGCGGCACUUGGAGUAACGUUUGCUUUACUUGCCUUCGUAACCCUAGAUACCCUCACCGUAACUCGAUACCAUAAGGUGGCUAAGUCACUACUGAGGCGCUCCGAGUUCAACUUUGAUGAAGACGCUGCACUAGAAGGGCACCCGCGUGUGAGGGAUGAGCAUCUGCAGCAGCUGCAGAAUAUUAAGCUGCUGGUCUGGGUGAUGACUCAGCCUGACAACCACCAGACGAAAGCUGUGCACGUCCGCGACACGUGGGGCAAGAGGGUCGACAAGCUGCUCUUCAUGAGCACCAAGGAGGAUGCUUCUAUACCAACCAUCAAGUUGAACACGAAUGAGAGCAGAACUUUCCUUUGGGCUAAAUUCAAGAGAGCUUUCAAGUACGUACACCAGCAUUACAUCAACGACUACGACUGGUUCAUCAGGGCAGAUGAUGACACGUAUUUGGUGGUAGAAAAUUUACGAUACAUGCUUAGCCUCUACGACCCGGAGUUUCCAAUACACUUCGGCCAAAGAUACACGAGUUCAAACCCAGAAGGUUACAUGACUGGAGGAGCUGGCUUUGUCAUUAGCCGCGCCGCCUUGAGGAAAUUCGUCGAGGAAGCGCUCCCUGAUCCACAAAAAUGCAGAGCUUCUGAUAUCGGGGAGGAUGACGACGUCGAAGUCGGUCGUUGCCUGACCAAUGUUGGUGUCGUGGCCGGGGACUCAAGAGACGAGCUGGGCAGAGGGCGCUUCUUCUAUCAGCCUCCCGCAGACCAGCUGUCCUACGCCUUACAGGGAAACAAGAGCUGGGAGUGGCCUCAUAGUUUCUACCCUCCAAAGCUUGGACCUGACUGGUUAUCAAGCACCGCCAUCAGUUUCCACCACCUUCGACCAGAUCAGAUCGACGAGAUGGAUUACCUCCUCUACCAUGUCAGACCAUUCGGGGUUGAACUCGAACAGCCCUUCCCUCCUGUCCUCCCUCCGGACAUCAGAACUGUCCCCAUGCAGGUCAUCGAAAAAUUCGGCACGUGGACUUGAUCUGCCCUCCACAACUCAGCGGCGAUUCCCUUUGAAGCAUUUCCUCUAAGUGGUUUUGUUCCUCAUUUAUCGAUAAAAUUAUUUUCAUUAUAAUGCAACUAGAAACACUUAAGGAAUAAACAAUACAAAACGAUUAUGCCAUGGAUUACCUGAAAUUAAAUAUUCGGCUGAUUUAACAUGGUUGAGAAAAUAACUUCAGUUGUGCCCAUGAGGUCAUAUGAUAAAGGAACUUUAGAGCAUUCCUUUGAAAGUGCCUAGAAUGACUUCGAACAGUUUAAAAAACUCAGAAUUCAGUGAAAUAUAAAGCAUUUACUGAAUAGACCCAUCAAAUAACUCAGCCGUAAGCGGUCAAAAUCUGUGCAAUUGGUCAUAAACAGAAAAUUAUUAGAAAAAGACAUCCAUGGGUGAUUGUCUGGCAAUUUUUUUUACUAAUAAACUAGUAUAUAUGUGUUAUCCUACGAAUAUAAUAUUGGAGGUGCGUGUGAUAUUCCUUAUAUGAAAAGGUUUGCACCAUAGUCGUUUGGGGCAGAGGGGCUCACACGAUGGGACGCUCUACUUUUAAAUCAUUGCCUUCGCUUUUCCCAAAUAAUUAUUACGUGGUUCUUUCGGGGACAUGCAAACCCUGAUAUAUUUUGUCAGCCUGGUUGCUGUUGCCCCGCUCUUUUCGUUGCAGUGGCUGUUUUCGCAGAUUUUGUCUGGUGUGCAGUACACCAUAUCUUGAACGUUAAAGAAUUUUUCCAUGCUUUAAUCACUAACUCAUAUAAAGCAGCGGAUUCAAGAAACUGGGCAAAAACUUUAAUUUCAACUGUAAAAUAUUUGGUUCCAAUAAGGACAUAUAAAUUACCCAGCUUCUUGACAAUUAUUGUAACCUCACAGUGGUCUCAAAUCUGUAAUCAUCUAUAUGGAUUUUUUUGCUCUGACCCCUCAAAAACAAAUCAAUACGUGAUUUGUUCCUGUCACUGAUUUUUUUUCUCCUUUAUUUCCUUCAUUUAUGAAGUGAAUUAUAGCAGAGCAAAGCUUACCAGCGAGGAUCUGUAGCAAGUCCCACAUUGGGAGCCCAGUUAUAAUCUCAAUUGAUAAUAAUUCAUAACACAUUCUUGAUGACUCGGUAGAGAUCAUAGUAUAAUCACAAAACUGGAAGUCAAAUCUUGCAGGCUUCUAUGAACUAUUUUUAUGAGUUGUGCCUUUUUAUAGGCAAAAUAUUUCCUCCACAAAUUUUAUUAUAAAUCAUAAAUUCUAAUCGAGUUUCCGCGCCCAAUUUUGAACAACACAAGUUUUGCCUGCUUGUUAGAUCUAUUCUCAUCGUUUUAUUCAUUACAAAAACAAAUCUUACUCCUAUUUGUUUGGACGGUGGUGCUGCACAGGUUUUAUUAAGAAACCAUCUUAAAUCAUCGUCAUUGAACUUGUACCUCUUGUAGCUGGUAAACUUCACCAGCUGAAAAAAUGAACUAGCAUAUUAAUGUUCAACAGAUCAUGCUGAGAAAGGGCAUCAAAGCGGUCUUACUUUUUUAAAAAAUCAUCUGUUUCUAGCGUUGGCGAUCUGAUGAUAUAUUUCUGGCCAGAUGGUUUCAUACAACAUUUCAUUUAAAUCACAGUCUUUCGAAACAUCUUUCAUUUUUACGAAUGCUCCCCGAAUUUGUUAUGUGUUUCAGUAGGAAUCAUGUUAUGAGCAUUUACACUCGAUUUCAGUUAUUAAUGUGCGAUAAAAACCCCAUGUGCAAUACUAAUUCAUGAUCAAUUACUUAUACCAUAUUGUACAUUUGUUUU